GCCUGCAACGGACAGAGUGCAGGAGGCGGAAAUUUGGGUGCGGAGCUGAGUGAGGUAGACUUUGGGGAAGAUGGACCGGGAGACAGGGUCCUGGAGCCGGGAGUGGCGUCUGCUCCCUGGGACCACGCCCCCGGUUUCCCCGCCCCUUGGAUUUCGUUUUAGACCUCUCCCAGUCCUCCGGGACUCGGUCUGGUUUAUACUGGGUCGCGCUAGGGGCAGCACGACCGGCCCGGGUGGAGAGAGGAUAUUUAACUCCUUAGGUUCUAAUUCCUCCCUCGUUGCCCCUCUUCCCCUUUCUCGUUUGGGCGUUCAGGACUUCCAUCUUCCUAGGCCCUGACCCUCUCCCCAGCUGUCUCCUUCUGUCCCAUAACCCCUUUGGGUCCCUCGCCGCACUUCGGGUCCCUAUGGCAGCGAGCAGCUGAGGGUUAAGGGGGCGGGGCGGUUGCAUUUUUGGGGAGUGAGCGCAUCCUAGCGGCUGCCAAGAGGGGCGCCUAGCAGGGACCUCGCGAAGCCCCCGAACAGGGGCAACAGGUGUUUUGAAGAUUAGGGGUCCCGGUCUUGUUCCUCGGACUCCCUCCAAAGAAGCAGACCCAGAAGGGUGAAAAAGAGAAAACUAAGAAAUCAGCGCGGCCGGAGGGGGAGACUGUGUGGAUGGGAUGGGGACACCAGGGGAGGGGCUGGGCCGCUGCUCCCACGCCCUGAUCCGGGGGGUCCCGGAGAGCCUGGCUUCGGGGGAGGGUGCGGGGGCUGGCCUCCCGGCUCUGGACCUGGCUAAAGCUCAGAGGGAGCACGGGGUACUGGGGGGUAAACUGAGGCAGCGAUUGGGGCUGCAGCUGCUAGAACUGCCUCCUGAAGAGUCGCUGCCGCUGGGACCGCUGCUCGGUGACACCGCCGUGAUCCAAGGGGACACGGCCCUAAUUACGCGUCCCUGGAGCCCCUCCCGCAGGCCGGAGGUCGAUGGAGUCCGCAGAGCCCUUCAGGACCUUGGGCUCCGGAUCGUGGAGAUGGGGGAUGAGAACGCGACGCUGGAUGGCACUGAUGUUCUCUUUACCGGCCGGGAGUUUUUCGUAGGCCUCUCCAAGUGGACCAAUCACCGAGGAGCUGAGAUCGUGGCGGACACGUUCCGGGACUUCGCGGUCUCCACAGUGCCUGUCUCGGGCCCCUCGCACCUGCGCGGCCUCUGCGGCAUGGGGGGACCCCGCACUGUCGUGGCCGGUAGCAGCGACGCUGCCCAAAAGGCUGUCAGGGCGAUGGCAGUGUUGACAGACCACCCCUACGCGUCCCUGACCCUCCCAGAUGAUGCAGCUGCUGACUGUCUCUUUUUGCGACCUGGGCUGCCUGGUGUGCUCCCUUUUCUCCUGCACCGUGGAGGCGGGGACCUGCCCAAUAGCCAGGAGGCACUGCAGAAGCUCUCUGAUGUCACCCUGGUACCUGUGUCCUGCUCAGAACUGGAGAAGGCAGGCGCCGGGCUCAGCUCCCUCUGCCUGGUGCUCAGCACGCGCCCCCACAGCUGAGGGCCUGGCCUUAGGGUUCUGGCUGGCCAGGGGUAGGGCAGCAUAAGGAGUAGAAGGGGAAGGAGGCGUAGAUAGAGGACGGUGAAUAGGUAGUAGUGGGGAGACGGCCCCAAAAUUGGGGGGGGGCUUAGUGUGGGAAAAAGGAUAGAGUCCACUGGGUGAGUCCUCCUCCUCAGAACUAAUAAAACAGAACUGACCUUUUA